ACAGUUCAUCCACUAUCACAAUACGUCAUUUUCAUGAAAGUGGGUGUUCAUGUUCAAUGCAACUAACAAAUAAACAGCUAAAUACCGGAAUUUACAGUUAUGAACACCUGAAAACCGACAAUGGAGGGCCUGCCUUCGGGUGAUAUACAGGCGAAGUACCAGAAAUUGGCGGCGGAGUAUUCAAAAUUGCGGGUGCAUGUGAAGGUGCUCAAGAAGGGUGUUCUAGACGAGCAGGCGAAGUCGAACGAGCUGCGAGACACGUUGAAGGAGAAGGAGAAAUGUUUGAGGAAAGGCGAGUUGGAGAUAGAUUCGCUGACAUUUAGAAACCAGCAGUUGACGCGGCGCGUGUCCGUCCUUCAAGAUGAACUCGACGCGUUACAGUUGAAAUUGACAAAGAAAUCCAAGAGUAAGGGAGAUGACAAGCAACCGGCAGCCAGCAGUGCAGCAGCACUGGACGCCGGCCUCCUUCAGGAGGAGCUGCAGAAGAAAAUCAUUGAAAAUGCACAGUUUGCUUCACAGCUAUCAGACAAAAUAUUUGAAAUAUCCCAGUUGAGAGCCUCCUUAGACGACUACCAGAGACACAUAAGUGAGAGCGACAGUAAAUAUAAGUGUGAGAUAGCCAAGCUGAAAAACAAAAACCAGGAGCUACAAUACUCUUUGGAGGAAGCCCAAAGAGAAAGGAUAGGAGGGACACCAAGUAAAAUACAUUUGGCUGCCAGUAGUCAAGCUGCAAGCUGUAAUGGAGACUUCUUGUCGGAAGGUGGCAGUUUGGUUGGAAGUGAGGAUGCGUUGAGUUCUGUAGAUGACUUGAAUGUGACUGAGCAACUUAGUAUGAAAGCACACUCGCUAGAUCAGGAAAAUCAAAAACUAAAAAUGGAAUUCGAAAUGCUUCGAAUGGAGAACGAAAGCCUAAAAUUAGAAGUAGCUAAAUACGUGUCAGCUUCCCAAAAGAGGCGUGGCGAUGGCCAUGAUUCUGGGGACUUUAAUACCUUUGGGGAGACCUCUGUGGACGCUGAAGGCAGAGUCACAGGGUUACUGGGAAGUCUCCAAGUACCUUUUAUUUUGGACCAAGAGAUAGAAAUGAGGGAAGAAAGGAUGAAGACGUACUUUAGGAAUAAGAUUAGCGAGUUGAAAACUGAGAGAGAGGAGUUGAAGAGUAAGACUGAACAUUAUGUUAAAGAGUGUGAGAUGCUGCGUCUCCGGUUUGAAGAGAUGGAACGUGACAAACAGAUAGACGAGCACACGCUGAGCGAGAAACACAACACUAUCAGCCGACUGGAGGAGGAACUCCACUCAACAUCCCACAACUACGAGCAACAGAUGUCGGUGCUAACGGAACACGUGGCCGGACUCAACGAGCAGCUCACGAGACAGCACGACGAAAUACAGCAGCUCAAACACACGCUACACAACCGCAGGAAAUAGGACGCCAUCUUGUAUGUACGGGGGGAGGCGCUCAGUCAUUCAUUCAUUCAUUCAUUCGGUCCUGAGAAUCAUUCGGUCACAUCAGGUCCAGCACAUGCUGCAUAACCGCAGGAAAUAGGCCGUCAUCUUGUAUGUAUGGGGGGAGGCGCUCAGUCAUUCAUUCAUUCAUUCAUUCGGUCACAUCAGGUCCAGCACAUGCUGCAUAACCGCAGGAAAUAGGCCGUCAUCUUGUAUGUAUGGGGGGAGGCGCUCAGUCAUUCAUUCAUUCGGUCACAUCAGGUCCAGCACAUGCUGCAUAACCGCAGGAAAUAGGCCGUCAUCUUGUAUGUAUGGGGGGAGGCGCUCAGUCAUUCAUUCAUACGGUCCUGCGAAUGAUUCCGUCACUACAGGUCUAGCAUAUGCUUCAUAACUGCAGGAAAUAGUCUGCCAUUUUAUACGUAUGGGAGAGGCGUUCAUUCAUUAAUUCAGUGAGUGCAGUGAAUGGUUCGAUCAUAACAGGUUUAGUACAUGCUACACAACCGUGCGAAAUCUGCCAUCUUGCAUGUGUGGGGGAAGGCGCUCAGUUGCUCAUUCAUUCGUUACUCGGAAUGUUUCGGCCACUAUCACAUGAGUACAUAACCACAUGAAAUAGGACGCAUAGAGAAAGGCGCUCUGUAGUUCAGUCGCUAGUAUAAUAUCAUUCAUGCAUUCAGUCACCAGUAAGAAAGUCAUUCAUUCUUUAAAUGUUAGUGAAAUAAAUGUAAAUCGCAGUCUACAUAGUCGGGCAAUAUUUACAAAGAAGUCCUCUUAUUGUGAGAGAUCCGUGCCUCAAAUAGAAUUACACGAACAUAUUCUAAAGUCUCUAUAGUCAAACCCUACGAAUAAUACAAACCAUGGGUAUCUGUGGAGAUGCGGAAUAAUAGAGGUAUAUACUCCACAGUCUACCCCCAAAUGCGUUCAUACAUACGUUAUGUAUAAUGUUUAAUAAUCUCGGUGUAUAAAGGAUAAAUAUUUAAGUAUAUGAUAUAUGAUUGUGUCCGUCAUGAAAUGUACAGACCUUAAGAAAUCUUUUCAGUGAAAUGUAUAGAAAAUCAACUUAUUUAGAUACAUUGGUAUGUGUUGUCUAGCUAGAACCUUCGGAAAUAUAUGAGUAAAAAUAUUUGGUUGUUUAUGGUAUUUAACUGAACCAAUCAAGUAAAGAGGAAAACUUUGUUUGUUUGUUUGGUUGUAAUGGAUAAACUCAAAAACUACUGGACCGAUUUUAAAUAUUCUUUCACCAUUCGAAAGCUAUACUAUCUGCGAGUAACAUAGGCUAUAUUUUAUCCCGGUGCGGGCAGUAGCUCCCACGGGACGCGGGUGAAACCGCGGGAAAACGGCUAGUUUUUGAUAAAAAUGAAGAUUGGUUUAUAGUUAUACAAGGCCUGAUCGAAUACGUAUUGAUUAGUAAUUGUAAGAAUUCAUUGAACAAGACAGCUAAUAAAAAUGGUCAAUAAUAAAUAUGCCUUCAUUCAUAUACAUAUUAUGUACAAGAUUUUUUAUGAAAUUUGCUGUAUUCGAAAUGCAUUCGUUCGUCCCAGUCGCUUAUAUUUCCAAUUUCACCCUUCUUUACAUAAAUAUACACAUUUGAAUGUUGGUCGCAAAGAAAUUGUAUAAAAUGUAUUAUAAAGAAAAUGUUAAAAUGUCGUUGGAAAUGAAAUAAAUGUACACCCAAGUAUAUUGUAUAAAUUUUAUAUAAAAUAUUUUCGUGUGGUUAGUAAAUAAUGCGAACAUAUGUACCUCUAUGUGAAUAAGUUAAAUCAAAUUUUCAGAAGUAGGUUUCUUUUAACUUUUUCCAUAAAUAAAAAUUUAGAACAGACUUUCUCGAGAAUUUUAUCAGCUUAUUAUUUUCUAUGUCAAUGUGAAAAUAAGUCUAGUCUCAGUUUUUUUGCAUUCCUAUCACCAAAUUGUAAAUUAAGAAAGUAUCGAGGCCUAUCUGAUGUAUUGUAAUAUAAUCGUAUUAAAUUCGGCUAGUGAUUCGUUUGUUUAUUUAGUCAAUUAUACAAAAUCUAAAUGUUCUUUUUGGUAAUUUUUUAUCAAUGAUAGAGAAAAAUAUAGGUUAUCUAAAUUAUUGUUACAAUGUAUUUGGUGAUUUUGACUACUAUAGGGUCAAAAUGAAUAGAAGUUACGUUACUCAAGAAUAAAUUGUCUAUUAAGUACAUCUCUAUUUUACUCGUUUUAUAAUUAUGUUAAUAACAACGUGACAUGCAAUGACAUACUUAGUCAAGUUUUCAAAUAACUUCUAUUUAUUCUGUCCUGCUUGAUUAAAAGUUGUUGAUAUUAAGGUCCUCAGUAUGUAAAAGAUUUGUCUAUAUUUAUAUUAGACAGUGAGAUUAAAACCGGUGUCCAGACUGUCUCCGCAUACAGCUGUAUAAUUAGUUAGUACAUGCUUAUACUAAGUUUGUAAUAUGUAAGCAACACUAAGCUAUUAUUAUGAAUAUGUAAUUAUGUGUAUAAAACUGUGUUGACUUUGUGCGAGUAUCCUGGCAUCUCUUGAAAAUAUAGGGCUUCUUUUUAAAUUACCUGUACAUGAAUGGUUCAACCAAUAUUGACUCCCAUAUUAAUACGGGCUAGCAAUCCUAAAUAAUAUGUAACCCAGAUACUCGCAGUCAGUCUUUACAUAUAAUGUAUAAAUAAGAGAAAUAAAUUAUCAAUAAAUAGUUUUGAAUACU